AUGAUCAUCCCUGUUCGUUGUUUCACUUGCGGUAAAGUUAUUGGCCAUCUCUGGGAGCCCUAUCAGAACCUUCUGGAGAAAGAGUACACAGAAGGGGAUGCUCUGACAAAAUUGGGUCUCGAGAGGUACUGUUGUCGCCGAAUGCUUCUCUCCCAUGUUGAUCUUGUCGAUGAGCUUCUCAAAUAUGCGCCAACAAGGAAGAAGUAA